AGAUUCAGAUGAAAUGAAUACUCCAGCAUUAAAUGGAAAUGAGGGAACACAGAAUAGACAAGAAUCAUCCGAUGUAAGUCUUAUACUCCGGGGGACAUCCGAAAAAAGCAACAGCCAUCUUCUAUAACAGAAGUAAUGAUAUUAGAUACAGAAGCAGCUGUUAUAGCGAAUUUUGAAUUUUUGGGACAUACAGACAUGGACAUGGAAGAGGAAGAAGGAGAUGUAGAGGAUGAAAUUUAUGAUGCAAAUACGGAUACCAAACCAAAUAAAGUAACUAUUACUAUCAUCUUGCGUUUUAAUGAUAUUGUUCACGCUAUUUGUUAACAUAAUUUCUUAUUUUUCAGGCAUCUAUCUCCCUUCUAGCGGAAGGUGUUGAUACAGAUGCAGAGGCAGAAGAAGUAUUAAAUGAAUUAAAUCUCCUCACAGAAAUUGAAGAAUCGCCACCUGGUUCUAUCCAUCUGAAAAUGAAUUCUUCAAAGGGAUUUAUUACAUAGAGGAUUACAAGAUCCAAGUCGCCUAAAUAAUAAAGAAGGCGGUGACUCCACGCUGGAAUUAGGAGAAUUAGAACAAUUAUGUGUUAACAAUGAUGCAGAAAUAUCGUACGAUAUGGUUUCCACCACGAAGGAGACCUUCAGAAAAACAUGGAACGCUAAAUAUACGUUACGUUCGCAUUUUGAAGCUGUUAGAGCACUCGUCUUCCACUCCGCAAAUCCGCUUCUUAUCACCGCAAGCGAUGAUCGCAUACUGAAGUUGUGGAAUCUUCAUAAGACUAUACCGGCAAAAAAAUCAGCUUCGUUAGAUGUAAAACCACUUUACACAUUCAGAUCAUACACUGAACCUGUGUUGUGUCUAGCCAUGUAUAGUACAGGCAAUCGAUGUUACAGCGGUGGUUUAGAUGGCAUGAUCCAUUGUUGGACAUUAUCAUUGGCUAACAUUGAUCCAUACGACUCGUACGAACUAAAUGUCUUUAGUCAUACAUUAACGGGGCACACAAAUUCUGUCUAGGGCUUGAGCAUGUAUUAUGUAUAUGAAGCAUAUAUUUUUCGUUGAUCCAUUAUUUAUGAAAUUUGGUAUACAGUUGUUUUUUGUGUCGCUGAUCACGAAUCCGAAGUCAGAAAAAAGA